AGGAGCUGCAAAUCGUUCCCCCUUCCAGUGCAAAAGUUUUGCGGGUUCCCACUCUUUUCCAGCGGGCCGCGGGCACUGGUUUUUCCGACUGCGUUGCCAUAGGGCGCACCGCAGCUUUUCAGCUUUUCCACCCGAGAAAACUUGGCGCUGGCGCUCUCGUUGUCGUUAGCGUUGUCUCUCGCGCUUCUCUCGUCACUGUUCGGGUUGCCGAAAAAGCGGAGACUGCUGCUGCUGCCGUUGGCUGGCGCAGGAAAAUCCAUUUUCCAUUUUCCUACAUGCGGACACUGGCUCAAAGUAUCGUGUGCGGCGGACGUCCUUGUCGUGCGUGCGUCGUUUGCUCGCGCUGACGGUGUGUGUGUUUUUUUUUUUGAAUUCAUAGAGCACCUCGCUUCCGAGCAACAUGGAAACAUAACUACCAACUAGGCGGAAUAAUACGAGAAAAGAAUAUCCAACUAGAAGAAGAACUCUCGAUUUUUGCAAUCGCACAAUUAGAAUUUCAAAUCGAUACAGAGCCUGUGUGUGAUUGCGUCGUGUGUGUGCGUCUGUUUGUUGUUUUGCAUUUUGCAAAAGAUGCCUGUUCUUUUUUUUUAGUGAGUUUUUUUUUUCAUAUUUUUUCCCCAUCAAUUUCGGUGAGAGUGCUGUGCAACGAAAAGGGAAUACGCAAAAACGAUUUUUUUUUUGAAAAUCGCGAGAGUCCCCGAAGGAGAAGGCCACACAUAGAAACGAAAAGGAAAGGCGAAAAGGAAAAGCGAAAACGAAGGAAAGGCAGCGCAAUAAGGUUUUCCCCUGCACACUCACACACACCCACACACGCACACGCACACAGAGCGCACCUUUAAGGACCUGACGCUGAACACCCAGCCAUUUGGAGGCCAUGAAAGCGUGCUAUUUAUGGAUAGAAGAAGUAAAAGGAGUCGCAUUCAAUUUCAACAUCAAUCCAACAACAUCUUGCGUUGGAUGCUAAACGAAGCUGGACGAGCAGGGCUUCGUCAUCGACAUUGGGGGAGUCUUUUUUAACGGAAGAAAAAGAGAAGCCAACACCCCCAAACCGAAUCAUGAAACAUUCAAAUAUUUCCAUACACAAGGACAUGAUGGAAUUCGGAUAACUAAAACCGAGAUAAACGUUAACCAAAUAGAAAUUAGAACAUUUUCACCGAAUAUUUCAUUUGGCGAUUCUUAAAGAAGUCGCCCUUAAAGAUCAUGAAGCUAACCGAUACUUAUAGAGAGCGUAAAUGAAAGCACACUUCCGAACGAAGCAACUUUGAUAUAUAAGAAACAUACCAAACUGUUCCCACUACCGGAUCAGUAAGGACCAGGAGGAAGAGGCGGCGGAGGAGGAGGACGAAGACGAAGACGAGGUAGAGACGGCUACGUAACCGUUGCCCCAUCAGCGGGCACAGCGGUCAUGGAACCACCUGGCGGUGUCCCGCCUGAUAGGGAUCGGCAACUAGUGUUACGUAAUCAGUCGGCUGCCCUUGUGCCCGUGGUUGUAUCGGCACCACCACCACUACUACCACCAUUAACCACCACUGGAUCUGGGGCAAUCACGCCCAGUCCACAGCCAACGGCAACGUCACUGUUACAGUCACAGUCACAGCCACCGGCGCCCAGUAAGCCAACUAGUCUGAGUCUUCAGCCGCAUGCCGUGCUCCAGGCCAUGCAACAGCUAUCACCGUCAGCUGGUGGCAAUAAUAAUGCCACCAGCACAGUGGCCACCGCAGCCACAAGCAGUAGCAGCGGGAAUGCCAAUAGCGGUAGCAGUCCCGCCCUGGCCUCCACCGCCACGGCCAUAUCGGCCACAACCCAGGCAGCCACUGCCUUUAGCGGCAGUUCGGUGGGUCACCACCAUCUGCAGCACCACCACCAGCAUCCGCAUCCACCACAACAACAGCUCCAGCAACCGCAUACGGCCAAUGCACCAAGUUCGGCGCCACAAACCCAUGGCCAUCAUGGCUCCAUAUCGGUAACUGGAACGGGCGGUGGUCUCAUCGGUUCUAGUGGCGGCAGUGGUAAUCAACAGCAGGCCAUUGAGAAGCUAUCUAGACCCAUGGCUUUCGAUAAGAUGGAAAUGCUGGUGCGUGAGAUGCAGGAUCAGGAGCAUGGCGUGCCCGUGAGGCAGCAGAAAAUGUUCCUCACAUCCAUACCAUAUGCGUUUAUGGGCUACGAUUUGAUAGAAUGGCUAAUGGAUCGCUUGCAAAUCGAGGAGUCGGAGGCUUUAAAUAUUGCCAAUCAACUGUGUCUCCAUGGCUACUUCUUUCCGGUUAAUGACUCAAAGACUUUGACCGUAAAGGAUGACUCGUCGCUGUAUCGUUUCCAGACACCCUACUAUUGGCCCUGGCAGCACAAGGCACCGGAUAAUGUUGAGUAUGCCAUCUAUUUGGCUAAAAGAUCAUUGCGAAAUAAGCAACGACAUGCACUGGAGGAUUACGAGGCUGAGGCAUUGGCUUCGCUGCAUAAGAAUCUUAAAGGCAAAUGGGACUUCAUAUCGAUGCAGGCCGAGGAACAGGUGCGUUUGGCCAAAGAGCGUAAGAAAGGUGACAAGAUCGUGGGAGACUCGCAGGAACGAGCUUACUGGAGAGUUCACCGUCCACCACCUGGCCAGUUCACUCCGCUGGAGCCCUGUCCAGUGCCUUCGCGCGAUCGUCAGGGUCUUAAGCCCAAUAAAAAAAAGACUGUCGAUGACAUGCAGCGCGACGUUGACUAUUUGGGCAAGUCGCUAAAUCGGACAAGGAUGAAGAUGUCACAGGCCUGUGAAUCGUUAGUCUGCUAUUCGGAAACCUUCUCCGAAUAUGAUUUCUUUCUGCAGCCGGCACUGCCCUCCAAUCCGUGGGUCACCGAGGAUAUUGCCUUUUGGCAACUGAACAAUACCUUUGUGGAUAUACCCACAGAGAAGCGUGUGAAACGCUGGGCCAUUUCCAUUGAGGAGCUUGUCUCCGAUCCAACUGGCCUGCAGGAGUUCACUGGCUUCUUGGAGAAGGAGUAUUCCCACGAGAAUAUUCGCUUCUGGAUAGCGGUGAAUCGAUUGCGACGAUCAGCUCACUCCCAAGUGGCCAGAAAGGUCAACGAGAUCUAUGAGGAGUUCUUAAAGCCCGGGGCACCAUGCGAGAUAAACAUCGAUGGCAAGACCAUGGAGAGCGUACUGCGAGGCCUGAAAAAUCCAUCGCGAUUCACCUUUGACUCGGCCUCAGAGCACAUAUACAUGCUGCUGCUGAAGAAGGAUUGCUAUCCAAGAUUCAUACGAUCGGAGCAUUAUAAACGACUGCUGGACACUGGCAUACAGCCGUCGUAUAAGAAGCGGUUUUUUAACUUUGGCGGCGUUAGCGGUGCCAAAAAGAAAAUGACAGCCGCCCUGAGUAGUCAGCCAAAUUUGGGGGAUGCGGCCAAGGGAGCUAGUGGCAAUGCCGGCGGCGGCAGCUCAAUGAUGCAGGCACCACCGCCCGGAAAUCUAGCCCGUCGUCGUGGCAGUGAUCGCAGUCUAACAGGCUCUGCCCAUGAACUGGCCGUGAUUGGGGUUAACAAAGAUUCUGGCUCCAAGGUACCGCACUCUCAUUCCCAGAGUAAUCUCAGCGAAAUACCCUUCAGUAGCGAUUCAAUUUAUCGAGGCGAUAUGCCACAGCGCCACAUGGCGAUCAUGGAUAUUGGGAUAUAUGCGGCAUACGGGAAUCGCGAAAGUAGUUUGCAGGCACUUCCAGAAACGCCAAAGACGAAGACCACCGCCCUUGAGACAACGGAGUCCACAUCAUCGUCCACAGCUCUGGUUGUGGCAUCCAGCAGUGCCGUCUGCCCUUGGGAUGAGCCAGCCGAGCCAACAGUAGUUAAUCUACCGCCAUCGGCGCAGGUAAAGCUAUCCGUGUGUCCCUGGGAGAUGGUUAGUGGUGGCACAGAUCAGCCACCGGCAGUGGCACAAACUCCAGCCAUAGGAGGAGGACUGUCGAAGAUCUCAAGUUCUACCGGGCAACCGCAGCGAUUGAAUAGCACUUCCUCGGACAACAGCGAUGUGAAUGACCGAAUGCAGCGGAAUUUGGGUAUUCGCCAUCAGAACACCGUGGACAGUGGUGAAGCAGGCAUAAAGCGUCUGAUUCCCAACUUUCCAGAACAGCGUCGGGCAUCAGUCUCAUUUACUCCAAGCCGUACAACGGAUUUCCAGUUAGGACGCACUCCAACGACAACAUCCUCACCCACUGUGGUCACCAGCAGUUCCACUCCGUUGCAGGCACGCAGUGCUGUAUAUGGUAGUGGCAGUGCCAUUGCCAAAGAUCCACCAUCUGGCUCAGAUGUUGAUGCUGAACUGGAGGAGGAACUCAAUAAGAUAUCCCUUGGUGAUUCCUCGCAAUCGGAAUUGCCACUGCUAGUUAUACCCACCCCCACGCAGACCCCGCCGCCCAUAACAAAGAUUACGCCGCCGCCUGGUGAAUCCGAAGAUCAGGUAGCUGCCGAUUCAAUUGGAACUCCAGAAACCGCCUGCUCAUCGCAAGCCAAUGAGGUACAGGCAAUCACAGUGACCACGGUGAAGGAGGUCCAGAUCGAACUGAUCGAAGAGGGCAGUGUUGUCCACACUGAACCAGGAAGUCCGCCCACCAUUAAAGUCCUGGAGCUAGAAGUAAUAACGCCCGUAACUUCUGAGCCCGCACCAGCAGCAGCAGCAACAGCAGAACCAGGCGAAGAUCAAGCCCAGAUAGGAACAACAACAGCAACGACCACCACCGAGGAUGAACCAGUGUUGGCAGAUGAACAAGAAGAGGCCGUCGUCGAUAAUGAACCGCCGGUUUUGGACGAGCUUUCACCCACCACCGACGAGUACCAGGAGGGACUGCAGUUCGGCAGCGAUGCCAAGGAUGCAGUCGAUGACUUUGACAGCAUAGACGUUGGCUAUAUACCGCCAGCACCCACCCCGGCACCAUCGAUGGCACCACUGGCCGAAUUAGAUGUGGACACGGUAGACGAUGAGCCAUGUGAGCCACCGCCGCUGCCAGCAGCACAACCAACCAGCAGCAGUAGCAGGGAAUUGGUAAUGGCAUCGGCAUCAGUCUCAGCCACAGCCACGCCCACAUCCAGCAACGAAGAGGCGCGAAAGCGACGCAAGAAACGAAAUUCGGAGAGCAAGAAGCUUAGUUCGCAAGAUGAAAAGGAUAAGGAAUCGCGGGAUAAGGCUGGCGGCAGUAGCAUCGAUGCUGAUCACAAUGCUGUGUGUCCCUGGGAAGACGAGAAUGUCAGCACCAAUGACGGCACCUUCGUGAAGACAUACGCCACACUGGGAUACUUAUGAAUAAAACCAAAUCUGUUCAAGACGGUGGUCAACAAGUUGCUGAAAAGGAAGCCAUACAACAAGAAGUAGGGCAGGCCAUGGGUUUAGCUAAGUUUAAUAUACGGAGUAUCUCUAUUAUAAAUACGUACAUGCAAAAACAUAUUCUAUGUAAAAUGUAAGUAUUUUCGAAUAAUUGAGUGUAUAUUGUAAAUGUUAAAUGCUUCUCAUGUUCUUAAAACUAAAAAAAAAACUAAAAAGAAAACAAAAAAACAAAACUGGACAAAAGAUAUGUAAAAGAAAAACCACCAGAAAACGACGGCGGCACAUGUGGUUUAUUGCUGAAAACUGAAAUUUCAAUAUAUAAAUUACAAGAGAGAAAAAUGCUACAAGAAAUAUAUACUUUAUCUACAGACAUACAUACUUAUUUACAAAAACGAACGUGGCUAAAUGUGGCUAAUUUAGUAUUAAAAAACAAAAAAAGAACUAAAAAACAAAACAAAAUAGUAACAACAGCAGAAAUCACAAAUUGAGUAUAUAUAAAGAAAAUGUUAAAAAUGUUGCAAGAGAUAUGCCGCCUUCUGAUUUAGUUUGUAAUUAAAAAUAAUAAUCGGAGCUUAGUUUCGGCAGCAGACAUACUUUAAUGUAUACAAUGUAUAUGAUCUUUCUGCGCUAUAAGAAACAGUUUUCCAUUGUUUACUCGAAGCUCUAUAGCCCGCUCUUCUAAACAGUAACCAAAAAGCAUGUUAUUUAGCCAAGAUCUUUGAACAAAAUUGUAAUAUAAAGUUAGGCCACUUAGGAGUUUAAACAAAAUAACUGCUAUAACUUUGUUAUUUCUUUCGGAAAGAGUCAAAGUUAUUUUGGUUAGUUUUGUGAAAACUCCUAGCUAAAAGCAGUUGAGUUUGAGUUGGAAGGGCAAAGUUUUUAUUUCAAAUAAUAUUUAUACUCUUUUUUGUUUUGUUUUUUAAUAGACGCCUGAAUUUGGCGUUCUAAAAAGGUGACAAUACCAUCUAACUUAUUGCCCUUUGCCAACUCUCUUAACCACAAAAAGAUAUAACCAGCAAGUAGUACAAAGUGUUAAACCGGAUGUGACAUGGUCUAUAUAUAUAUAUAUAUAUAUAUAUAUAUAGAUAUAUAUUCUGUUUUAACCAUGCCUCCGAUUCAGUCCCUUGGAUAAUUAAAUGCACAAGUUGCUGAGCAAGUACUUACUACUUUUUGUUUAUAAUGAUUUUACUUUUUAUUUAUAUAUUUAACAUUUAUGUUUUUUAACAAAGAAAAGCCGUUUCAUUUCGCGUGUACAUGCCAAAGAUAAACGAAACUCACGAGCCCCAAAAAAACUUAAUGUGCAGUGAAAAUGAAACAAAGUUAAAGUUAAAGUUACGUUCUCUUCUAGACUUGCCCUUUUAACUUGUGCAUUUGAGAUUAUAAUGCUAUUAUCCUUACUAUGACUACUACUUAGUAAUUUUCUCUAUUUAAAUAGAAAAUGUAUUGAGCUGCCCGCCCAAAAAACAAUCGCAGAAAUCGAGCUAUGCUGUAUAACACACACACACACACAUACACACUCUAAAACAACUUAAGGCCAACAUCGAUGGGAGUGAACCGUGAUGGCCCGCAUCUUUAAGAUCAAAUUACAACCUCUCUCUCUCUUUCUCUAUCUAUCUAUCUCUGUUCCAUUCGAACGUGUGUUAAUAAUAAAAUUAAAAAUUAAAUAAACCCUAAAAAAUGAUUAGAUGAAAUCAAAUUAAGAUGGUUGUUCGCGACUAAUACCUUUAUAUUGAAUCGAAAGAAAGCUAACUUAUCGAAAAACUAUUACAAUCUAAGUAUAUUUCUAUUUUCAUUGUGCAUAUAAAUUUAGCUACUUACUGUCAAACAACAAAAACAUAAAACAUACAAAAUAAUAAUGAUAAAAAAAACACCCGUUUUGCUGGUAAACAAUCUUUAUAUAUGGGAUAUCUGAAUUCUCUUUGUGCUUUCUAUGCUAAAAAAAAAGUAUAUAAAAACAAAAUACAUUUUUCAACUACUUCAAUUAACAAAAGAAAACUGAAAUCCAAAAAAAAAAAACCAAAUGAUGUACCAAAAAUGAUGAUGAAAAAGUUACAUAAAUGCCGAACGAAAAACCUAAGCAAAUCAAAGCAAAUGUUGCAUAGAUAUUACGAAAUAUUAAAAGAACGAUAUAUAUAUAUAUAUAUAUACAUAAAUAUAUAUAUGAUAUAAAGGAGGGAUGUGCCGUGUGUAGGGCGUGCGUACAAAAUAUGUACAUGAAACCACCGUUAACUUUGCUUAAUGCGAGCCGAGCAAUUAAAGAGUUAAACCAAAAAAAAAGUAAAAAAAAAAAAUAAGAAAUCAGCAGCAGCAGCAGCAAUAGUUCCAAAAAAAAAAAAUAAAUUGUUGUCAAAAUAUUAUAAUAAUAAUAAUAAUAAUAGCAGCUUUUAGAACAACACCAAAAAAGAAGUUGUAGUAAAAUGCGGAGGAAAAUUGUAUUGUUGUUGUUUUUUAUGUACAUUUACUUUUUUGUAUUACCGUUGUUGUAAGUCAAAUAUGCCAAACCAAAAAGAAACUAGUUUAUUAAGAAGUUUACAAACAAAAUUUCAAAAAAAAAAAAACAAACAAAAAAAAACAAACAAACCAAAAAAAUAAAACAAACAAACAAAAAAGAAAAAUGAAACGCAGGCAACAUAUGAAUUACUUUAACGCAAAUCGCAAAGAACAAGUUCCGAAUGUUUUUAGUAGUCAAUGGUGAAUAUCUUUUAAUUGCUUAUACUAAGUGUUCCCAUACAUAUUUAUGGGUUCCUUGCCGAAACACACACAACAAAUCUUAAAUAAUUAACAAAAAGCAAAAACAAACAAAAAACAAAACACAAGUGCGGCUGUCGACUUUACUUUUCCUGGUACUCAAAAAACCACAAAUAAAAUACAAAAAGUUUUAGUUAAUAAACAAAUGAAGUUGUUAUUAAAUUAUGAAUUAUACAGAAAUGGAAAAUUUGAUGUAUAUUCAAAAAGUUGUUUGGCUUUUGCACUUUUUAAAAAUCGUUUUAAGUUUUAGAAAAUCGAAAUACGCGAAAAAUUGAAAUUUGGAAAACCUUUUCAUAGUUUAAAUUAGCAAAUAUUGCUUUUAUCUUGUUCAGAAAAUAAUUCUUAAUUUCAUAAAAAUACUUUAAAAACAUAAAGAACUUCUGUUUUAUUAAUGAUUUUCUAAAACUCAAGUCUAUUUUUAUAAAAAGUGCGAUUUUCAUUUUCAUUUUUUCAAAAUUUCCAACCAAAAUUGUUAUCCUUGUACCUUUGUUGUAUAAUAUUUGAUUCUUUGAGUAUCGGGCAAAAAUAUAGAACUUAAAAAAAUGAAAACAAAACCUUAAAAGGUCCGCCACAGAGCCAUUUUGAUAAUAAACAAAACCAAAAAGAACAGAUAAAGGAUUCGAUAACUAAUGUAUGUUUAAUAAUAAUAAAAAAAAAAAGAGAGAAUUACAUAAGUAAUGUACACUACUUCACGCGACAGGUGGGUAGAAUUGCCCUAAAAAUAUUUACUUUAAUUUCUGGAUAAUUAGUGCUCAUAUCACUGAUUAGAGAAACAGGAAUGCGCAAAAACAAUAUGCUUAAUAAAUAAGAUUCCAGAGCUUUUAGUAACGCCAUGUAAAUUCUGGGUCAUGAGAAGAAUAUACCGUUGUGAAGAUCGAAAAGUGUGUGUGUAACCGAGGCGUUUGUUAUUAUGAUGUAUUCAAAGUCAUUUACUAUAAGUGUAUACAGCUUAUAUACUAUUACAAAAGUGUUAAAAACAUGAAUUAUUUUGAGAAAAACCAAAAAAUGGACAAAAAUAUACAACAAACCAAAAAAAAAAAUAAAUAAAUAAAAUGUUAGUCGGUAAAUGAAAUCAAAUGUAAAACAAUUUAAAUGUAGACUGUACUAAAAAAAAAAAACCAAAAACAAAGAAUUCAAGGAAAAUUUGAAUAUCAACACUCCAUCACGCAAAUAACUAAAAGGAAAUUCGCAAAACAAAAGAAAAAACAAAAAUUGAAUAGAAAGUUGAUGGGAAAAUUAUUUGCACAGUGCAGAAAAACGUGUUAUAAAAUUAUUAUACCAUACAAAAAAUAUAUAUUAUUGAAUUAUGCUGAUGAAAAUUAAAAAAACCAUAAAAGUAUGUAAAAAAAAAAAUUCAAAUACAAAAUGAUUUAAAUGAAGUACAAUAAAUAUUCAAGUGACGAAAAUGUAA